GCGCUCUCAAGUGGUCGGUCUAUUAUAAAGGUCGUAUCUACCAGGGCCACCAUAUAAAACAGUCACUCCCUCCUUCCUCGCAAACCCUAGCUGGGGUCUUCGCUGCCCCCGUUCUAGAAACCCUAGGUCUUCCUUUUUCUUCUCUCCUAGGAAACCUACCUUUGUUUCUCCCUUCAAGCCUUAACGCUCGCUUACUAUAGGAACCCUAACUCAAAUCGCCAGUUUGUUUAUCACACUUUUUUCUUGCAGAAAUUACUUUCCUCAGACUCCAAUAUCAUUCUAAUAUCUCUCCAAUAUCUUUCUUCGAAGAAUGGGUGAAGCAAGGGAUAACGACGCCUACGAGGAGGAGCUUCUCGACUAUGAGGAGGACGACGAGAAGGCCCCAGACUCUGUUGGGGCGAAGGCCGGUGUUGAUGCGGCAAAGAAGGGCUAUGUAGGAAUUCACAGCUCCGGAUUUAGAGACUUUUUGUUAAAGCCAGAGCUUUUGCGUGCUAUAGUUGAUUCUGGAUUUGAGCACCCUUCAGAAGUACAACAUGAGUGCAUCCCACAAGCCAUUCUGGGAAUGGAUGUCAUCUGCCAAGCGAAGUCUGGAAUGGGGAAAACGGCUGUAUUUGUUCUAUCAACCCUUCAACAAAUUGAACCAAUUGCUGGUCAAGUUGCAGCGCUUGUCUUGUGCCACACUAGGGAACUGGCAUACCAGAUAUGUCAUGAGUUUGAGAGAUUCAGCACUUAUUUACCUGAUAUCAAAGUUGCAGUAUUCUAUGGUGGCGUUCACAUUAUAAAACACAAGGAUAUACUUAAAAAUGAAUGCCCUCAUAUAGUUGUUGGCACACCGGGAAGAAUUCUUGCACUAGCUAGAGACAAAGACCUUUCUUUGAAGAAUGUGAGACAUUUCAUUCUUGAUGAAUGUGAUAAGAUGCUUGAGUCACUUGACAUGCGAAGAGAUGUUCAGGAGAUCUUCAAAAUGACUCCACAUGAUAAGCAAGUGAUGAUGUUUUCAGCCACACUCAGCAAGGAGAUACGACCCGUUUGCAAGAAAUUCAUGCAAGAUCCAAUGGAGAUUUAUGUAGAUGAUGAGGCCAAACUGACCCUUCAUGGUCUAGUGCAGCAUUACAUCAAACUUAGCGACUUGGAGAAGAAUCGCAAACUAAAUGACCUUCUGGAUGCCUUGGACUUCAACCAGGUUGUAAUUUUUGUUAAAAGUGUUAACAGAGCGGCAGAACUGAACAAGUUGCUAGUUGAGUGCAACUUCCCGUCAAUCUGCAUCCACUCUGGCAUGUCACAGGAAGAAAGGUUGACAAGGUAUAAGGGCUUCAAGGAAGGACAUAAGAGGAUUCUUGUAGCAACUGAUUUGGUUGGCAGAGGAAUCGAUAUUGAGCGUGUCAACAUUGUGAUCAAUUAUGACAUGCCAGAUUCUGCUGACACAUACUUGCAUCGGGUUGGUAGAGCUGGUAGAUUUGGAACAAAAGGGCUGGCUAUAACUUUUGUCUCAUCUGCAUCUGAUUCAGAUGUUCUUAAUCAGGUCCAAGCUAGAUUUGAGGUUGACAUCAAGGAGCUGCCUGAACAAAUCGAUACUUCCACGUACAUGCCGUCUUAAAGGCUCUGAGAGAGGUGGAGGGAAGUAACGGCGUUUCCAGCUUAUGCGCAAGGUGAAUUGAAAGCAUCAUGAAGCACUCUAGAGGACCUAUGAAUCAAUGAACUAUAAUUAAAAAGACUAAAAAACUAGAGCUAGUUUUUUAGGUUGUGGAACCCCGAGCCUUUUAAGCAAUUAAGCUCAUAUUUUUAAUUUUAUCGGAGAUGUUCCUGUGUUGUUUUAAAUGAAAUUAGAUCAAAAUUGUGUUUUAUAUUUGCUUGUUUUUUCUUAAACACCCGGCUUUAAGCUUUUGCUUGACUGCGUGUUUUA